AUGACCGCAAAGGCAUGGGCCCGUCAAGAGGAAGCGACCCGUGAGAGGGCACCUCAUGACGAGGCAGAGCGCAACAAGAAGCGCAACCAGGUUCCACCCCAUCUACAUCCCUUUCAUCUCGUCCAUGUUCUCUCAGAGCCCAAGCUGACUGUCACCAGCGCCUUCCGAUCCUGCCGAACUCAAACACCCAGCGUCCGACGGAGACCAGGGUGA